AUGUCCAUCACGGCGGACGAGGACCACGCCGGAUGGACAUUCGGCGACAGCGGCAGUGACGAGGAAGAGGAAUGGACAAACCGACCUUUUACAGUUGACGAUUUUCCAAGGGUUAGUUAUGACCGUGGUGAACAGACUUAUAGAAUCUAUGCGAAUCCUGAUUUUCGUCUUCGGGGCCCUGCGCCACUCUCUCUUUUCCGCGCAUACAAUGACCCCCUUGUUGAUAAAGAGAGGGGUUGGUUUUGUAAAGAGUAUGAACUCCAUGACGAGUCUGAAAUCACUGUUAACGAUGUUGGGAUCAAUGAUUGCUCAAAUAGCUGUGAUCGAUCUACAAUGGUCUUGGUGCAGUUCUUUGAUCUUAAAAUCGCUGGAUAUCACCAUACCCAGCCUGGACCUGCCAAAAUAUUUGGUUUUUUCGCAGCACGGGAUCGGAUCAAACCCCUGCGCAACUAUGUCUACAAGCGCGAGAUUGAUAAUUAUGAAGCUGUGGCUGUGAAUCGGAAAAUGGGUACUGCACGUUUAUCACUGGGAAGCCCUGCUCGAGGUAUCAAUAUGACAGACCAUGUGUUAUUCGAAUUCAAACUUUGCAUACGGAUUGAAGACGAACCUGACGAGGGGCCAAAAGAGGAGCUUCUAAUUGAAGGGUGUACUGAGUUGAGCAAUAUGUUCAGACCAUCAUUUGUUGAAACCCAACGUCUUUAUGGAGAGAAGUGUGGAUUGGACCUGCAGUUUGCCAUACUGAACAGCGCAGUUCAAGCAAAGAUUGAUGUUGAGAUAGUUUACGCUCCUGCAUGUGGCCUUAUCCUGAAUCUGUAUGCCAAGACGAGUGGCUUCAGGGAUAUUAUCCGCCUAUUUCAUGGAUGUUCAAAAGCUGGCGGUAGAUUCAGUUCUGUUGUGGGUGUUUUGAUAGAUAGCUACCUUGAUGUUUGCGUUGAAGGGUCUUCCAGAGAGGGUCUUUGUCAGAGGUCGCCUCAAGACGGUUGUGGUCUGUCAGUGCUAAGAGUUCUGUCCAUCACAGUUGGUAUCAGAUUUGGGUCGAUCAGCGGCGGGAUCGGGCUCGGCGGCGGUCGGGUUGGGUUCUCUCGCAAAAUUCCCGUCCGCUAG